GUCGUCGCGCAAUGAGCACCAACGAAUACGGGGAGUAAAAAUACUGCAAGUUUGGCAGUAAAACGUUUCAUAAACACUACUAGUCCUUACAGCAGAGCAAACACUGAGUUGUAUCAGUGACGGAGGGGAAGAAUAUCUUCUUUUUGGCAACAACCGUAGUGAAGAGUGCCUGGCCAUUUGUUUUUAAAGAUGAGCGGCGAGUCAGAUGCCAAUAAGGAGUUUAUGGAGCAGCUGCGAAUGCAGCAGCUCUAUGGGCAGAGGAAAGACGACGGCACAGAUCCAUACACAUACACUGACCCAGUGGAUGGGACUGUGUAUGACUGGGACCAUGAAAAAAAAGCCUGGUUUCCUAAAAUAACAGAGGACUUCAUCGCAGCCUACCAGGCAAACUACGGCUUCACUCAGGAAGGAAAUCCGGAUGCAAACAACACGGCGCAGAGCAGCUCCCAACCUGCCGCUCCUGAACCAAACAGCAAGCCGCCAGAGAAGGAGAAAUCAUUCGAUCCUGUUUUGAAACCUGGCCCAGAGCAGCCGGAGACUCCUGUUAAAGAAGCAAAGCAGAAAGCAGAUAAAAGGAAAGCAGAAGCAGGAUGGUUUGAUAUUGAAGAGGACAAAAACACAAAUGUCUAUGUAUCUGGUCUGCCACCUGAUAUCAGCUCCGACGAGUUUGUUGAGCUGAUGUCCAAGUGCGGUAUCGUGAUGCGUGACCCCAUCACUGAAGAGUAUAAAGUGAAACUCUACAAGGAUAAAGAUGGUAAUCUGAAAGGUGACGGCCUCUGCUGUUAUCUGAAGAAAGAAUCGGUGGCACUGGCUGUGCGUCUGAUUGACGAGUCAGAGGUCCGAGGAUAUAAGCUCCAUGUGGAAGCAGCUCGGUUCGAGUUGAAAGGCCAGUAUGAUGCCAGCAAGAAGAAGAAGAAGAGCAAAGAUUAUAGAAAGAAGCUACACCAGCAGCAGAAGCAGCUGGACUGGAGACCUGAGAAGCAGGGAGAAAUCAGGAAGAGGCAUGAAAAGGUCGUCAUCAUCAGGAACAUGUUCCACCCCAGUGACUUUGAGGAAGACCCGCUGGUGCUGAAUGAGUAUCGCGAGGAUCUAAGGUCAGAAUGUGAGAAGUUUGGUGAAGUCAAGAAAGUUAUCCUGUUUGAUAGACACCCUGACGGUGUUGCAUCAGUUGCUUUCAAGGAGCCGGAGCAAGCAGAUGCUUGUAUUCUUUCAUUCAACGGCCGCUGGUUUGGAGGAAGACAGCUGUCUGCGCAGCUCUGGGACGGAACCACAGACUAUCAGGUUGAAGAGACGUCACGUGAGCGGGAGGAGCGGCUAAAAGGUUGGUCUACAUUCUUGGAGGAAGCAGAUCAACAAAAGCUGAAAGACGGUACCAGCAAAGCAGCAGAGAGCAGCACAGAACCCAGCGAGUCCAGCAGCACCACAGAACCUCAGCAAACAGAGCCGCAAUCAUCAGAGCAACCGGAAGAGCGAGUGGACUCUACUGACAGCAGCCUGGCAGGAAGUGACAACGAGGAAGCCCAGAGUCCUGAUUCAAAGUGAAGAGCACCGUCGUUUUCAGCGCAGGAUAUGGGGAGGACAGAUGUGGACAGUUUUAGCUAUUUUUUUGUAAUGUAGAAAAAUAAAACAAUAUUUUCCUUCCCUAUUUUCAUAAGUUUGGUUUUCAUUGUGGAGUUCGACUAAUCUGUUCCUCCUCUUUAAAUAUACACCUUUAGUUAUUAUUUGCAUUAUUGUGCUGAUAAAUCUCAUUAAGAACACAAAUCUGACCAUAACUGGACGAUUGAUGCUUGUUUUUAUUUAAAUUUAGGUGUGAUCUGAUUUAUUUUUUUUGGCUUCUAAGGUAAAUAUGUUGGUUUAAUACAUCAGUGACAGAAAUCAGGAAAACUCCUUUGGGUUUACUGUUAUGCAUGGUGUUAGCAGUAUACAAUAUAUAUAAAGCAUUUACAGACCUUAACGACUUCUUUAAAAAAAUGAUAAUGCAAAAAAAUGUGGUUCUUAUUGCAUUGUCUCCACUUAGAAAGCUUGGUGAGUGUUAAUCACAACACAUCUAGCUGGAGUUAAUACUUAGAGCAAACUUCAAAAUAAAUGCUUCGUUUGGUCUGAAACAGAAACAGAUCUGGUGUUUUAUUUAGUUU